GGCGCAGGUGAAACCUUCGGGAAAGAUAGCGGCCUGCGGGAGAGAAAGGGGAGUGCCGGGAAGAGGAGUGGGGGCCUCCCAGGGCAGACAGGGUCUCUGGAGAGAAGGGGGUGCUCAGGGCAGAUGUAGCUGCAGGGAGAGAAGCGGGCCUCCAGGGCAGAUGCAGCCUUGAGAAUAGAAGGGGACCGCCGAAGGCCAGAUGCAGCUUUGAUGCGGGAAAGGCGGUGCCCAAGGCAGAUGCAGCCUUAAGAAAAGUGGAGCCUCGGGGGAGGAAACGGGGUUGCCCAGUGCAGAUGCGCCCUCGGGGUGAGAAAGGGGGCGCCCAGGGGACGGUGCUGGCCCGCGGCGGGAGGGGAGGGGAGGGAGGAUCUUGGCGCAGAGGUGGAGGCUCUGAGCCUCAGGGGGUGGAGGUCACCGCGCUGUAAGCUGGCCACACUGCCUAGGUGGGGAGGGGCCAGGAGGCCGCCUCAUUGACCGGAAGUGCCCAGCAGGUGUUGGUGGAGUGAGUGAAUAUUGAGUCCUCAGAUUCCCACCUCGGUUGACCGCUCGUGAAAGCAGGGUCUUGUCACAGCGUCUUUCGAGCCUUCAGGGGGCCACCUGUGUUCUGACGACAGCUCUUCCCUGCUUUUCCAGGGCAUCCUCCCCGGCCCGCUUUUCUACGAGAUGUUGGGAUUUUUGCAGCGCCCUGUGGUGGUGACAGCUGACAUCAACUUGAAUGUCGUGGCUCUGACCGCGGUGGGGUUGCUGAGCCGACUGUGGCAGCUUGCCUAUCCAAGGGCCGUGGUUUUUGAUGAAGUGUAUUAUGGGCAGUACAUCUCUUUUUACAUGAAGCGGAUCUUCUUUUUGGAUGGCAGCGGACCACCGUUCGGCCACAUGCUGCUGGCCUUGGGAGGUUAUUUAGGAGGAUUUGAUGGUAACUUUUUGUGGAACAGAAUUGGAGCAGAAUACAGCACCAACGUGCCCGUGUGGUCCCUGCGCCUGCUGCCGGCCCUUGCGGGGGCCCUGUCGGUGCCCAUGGCCUACCAGAUCGUGUGGGAGCUCGGCUUCUCUCACUGUGCCGCCGUGGGGGCCGCUCUUCUGAUUCUGAUCGAGAACGCUCUGAUCACUCAGUCGAGGCUGAUGCUUUUGGAAUCAGCGUUGAUAUUUUUCAACCUGUUGGCCGUGCUGUCUUACCUGAAGUUCUCCAACUCCCAGAAACAUGGGCCCUUCUCUCCGAGCUGGUGGUUUUGGUUGACACUGACGGGUGUGGCCUGCGCCUGUGCGGUCGGCAUCAAGUAUGUGGGUGUGUUCACAUACUUACUGGUGCUUGGGGUUGCCGCUGUCCACGCCUGGCACCUGAUAGGAGACCAGACGCUGUCAAACGUUCGUGUGCUGUGUCACCUGCUCGCCCGAGCGGUGGCCCUGUUGGUCAUCCCCGUCCUCGUGUACCUGCUGUUCUUCUAUGUCCACCUGCUGCUGCUCUGCCGCUCCGGGCCGCACGACCAAAUCAUGUCCAGUGCCUUCCAGGCCAGCUUGGAGGGGGGACUGGCGCGGAUCACACAAGGCCAGCCCCUGGAGGUGGCCUACGGUUCCCAGGUCACUCUGAAGAACGCCUUUGGCCAACCCGUGCCCUGCUGGCUUCAUUCCCACCAGAGCACCUACCCCGUGAUAUACGAGAAUGGCCGCGGCAGCUCCCACCAGCAGCAGGUGACCUGCUACCCCUUCAAGGAUGUCAACAACUGGUGGAUUGUAAAGGACCCCGGGAGGCACCAGCUGGUGGUGAACAACCCCCCGAGGCCUGUGCGGCACGGCGACAUCGUGCAGCUGGCGCACGGCAUGACCACCCGCCUCCUCAACACGCACGACGUCGCGGCCCCCCUGAGCCCUCACUCCCAGGAGGUGUCCUGCUACAUCGACUACAAUGUCUCCAUGCCCGCCCAGAACCUCUGGAGGCUGGACAUCGUGAACAGAGAGUCGGACACGGACGUCUGGAAGACCAUCGUGUCAGAGGUCCGCUUUGUGCAUGUGAACACCUCAGCCAUCCUCAAGCUGAGCGGGGCGCCCCUCCCGGACUGGGGCUUUCGGCAGCUGGAGGUGGUCGGGGAGCAGCUGUCCCGGGGCUACCACGGGAGCACCAUGUGGAGCGUGGAGGAACACCGCUACGGCAGGAGUUCUGGUGUGUCUGCCAGGCCAGGAGCAGAAGGAGAGGGAACUGGAGCUGCACUCCCCUACGCAGACAGACGUCAGCAGAAACCUCAGCUUCAUGGCCAGAUUCUCGGAGCUGCAGUGGCGGAUGCUGACAGUGAGAAGCGACGAUUCCGAACACAAAUACAGCUCCACGCCGCUGGACUGGGUCAUGCUAGACACCAACAUCGCCUACUGGCUGCACCCCAGGACCAGUGCACAGAUCCACCUGCUCGGAAACAUCGUGAUCUGGGCCUCGGCCAGCCUCGCCACCCUGGUGUACGCCCUGCUCUUCAUCUGGUACCUGUUCAGACGCCGAAGAAGAGUCUGCGACCUCCCUGAGGGUCCGUGCAGCUGCCCACACGUGUCUCACGCCCACUCUUUCUGGUUCUGACGGGAGAUCCUUGUGCUUCGGGUGUCAGCCCGGCCGCACCAGCAAGCAGGGCCUUGAGGCCACCUCUUUGUUUCUGCCUCGAGGGAACUUCUGUCUCUUCCCCAGAGACAGCAUGUUGCAGUCCAGUCCCCGCAUCGCCUUCAAGGCUUCUCCGGGGACGUGCAGGUGUCGGGCAGGAAUUGCCUGACACCCUGGAAGUGGCUGAUGGGACAGAGGCGCCAGCGGGCACUUAGUCAAGGGUGGUGGUUUGCAAGGACAGAGACCCCAUUCAGACCAUCCUGAAACAGGAAAGGAGCAAACACCCAGGGCAGGGCUGGGCCCCGAAGGCCGUCAGGGGCAGGGAGGCGCCUUCUCUGGGCUCAGCUCCGAGCUGGUCAUUCUCUCCACCGACUCCCGGCUCUCCUGGGCGGGUGCACGGGUCCAGCCCCUCCACUGCUCCCUGAGUAGUGAGACCCAGCUCGGAAUCUCCGGGUGAGCCAAGGCCAGCAGGCAGUCGGGAAUAAGCUGAGCCUGGCCCCCAGGAAGCUGGCAUUUCUCAGGAAGGGGACGGUAGUACCAGCAGGAAGUUACAGGAGGUUCUUAGGACACAGUCUGUCCUUCCUCCAGAAAUGUGCGAAGGCUGGGAGGGGACACAGAGAAAUCAGGAGCUGGAGCUCGCGUGUACCUUGCGGAUGAGGAGGCCGGCCUGCUGGACUGCCGGGAGCUUCCCAGCUGGACCGUCAGCAGCGCCGGCUCGAGAUGACCUUUUC